AUGUCAUCCUUUCUGUCUGUCUACAUAUCUAUCUCUUUUCUUUCGUUUUUGUUUAUUUUCACUUUCUUUCUUUCUUUCUUUCCUUCUUUCUUUUUUCUUUGUCUUUUCAUCUCUCAAUUUGUCCAACUGUCAUUCUCUCCAUAUAUAUUUUCUCCUAUUUCAAUCUUUUCUCGGGUAUCAUAUCGCAUCUAUCUAUCUAUCUAUCUAUCUAUCUAUCUAUCUAUCUAUCUAUCUAUCUAUCUUACCCUGUCCAUGAGUUUAUAUGGUUUGUUCCUAUUUAUCUAUCUAUCUAUCUAUCUAUCUAUCUAUCUAAUAUCUAUCUAUCUAUCUAUCUAUCUCAGUCUGUUCAUAUGUAUCUAUCUAUCUAUCUCAGUCUGUUCAUAUCUAUCUAUCUAUCUAUGUAUCUAUCUAUCUAUGACAACAAUGUUUGCUUUUCAAUUUUCCAUUCUUUUCUUUCUAUAG